AACCACCCGAUCGAAUGAAUGAUGAGAUGAAAGGGUAUAGUGGAGAGCAUGUAGGUAGGUCCAUGCAUACUGUACUGUACACUCGAUCGCUCCGAUCUGUGGGACUAUAGGAAUUUGACCUCUCACGGCAACCAUCCGGAUCUGUUUGUGAAAGUCUUCUCACCGUAUUGAUGUCGAGCCAUUGGAGAGUUACGUGGUUAGACGUAUAGUUGCUGGUAUUCGUUGCAGACUGACUGCAUGGUUGGUUGUAAUCAUCUAAUCGAAGCUGAUACCAUGUCUCAAGAUGAAAUAAGGAAUAGACCAGAUGAGAUGGACGAGCAAGCAUCAUCAUCAUCAUCGGAACCGAUCGUUCUUGGUAGGAAUGUUGGUCUCCCUGGAUGCAUUGGCAUGGUGAUGGGUAUCAUUAUUGGUACUGGUAUCUUCAUUUCUCCAGCAGGUGUUCUGGCUGGAUCAGGUGGGUCAGUAGGUCUCUCGUUAGUGAUAUGGGUCAUUUGCGCUUCAAUAGCAACAUGUGGAGCUAUGUGCUAUACUGAACUCAGUCUUACCUCUGGCAAGUCCGGUGGAGAGUUUAUCUUCAUACUGGAACACUUUGGACCGGUCCUAGCCUUCUUGAGAAUGUGGACCAUCUUAGCUAUCAUCAUGCCUUGCAUCUCAGCUAUUCAGGGGAUCACCAUCGCAAACUAUCUUACCACACCGUUCUUCUCUGAUUGUGAGCAUGUACCGGUCGAUGCCAUCAGACUUAUAGCUGUCGUAGUCAUCUUUGGUUUGGUCUUUAUCAACUGUGUCAGUGUGAAAUGGUCUUCUCGUCUUAUAAACACUCUGACCAUCACAAAGGUUAUUGGUCUGUUUGUCCUCAUCAUCACCGGACUCGUAUACAUAUGCAGAGGCAACACGAGCAACCUGACUGAUGCAUUUGACAUUCCAAUGGACGUCAAUAUACCUAUGGCUAUUUACAGUGGAAUAUUCGCGUUCGGAGGAUGGGAGAGUAUUGCUAUGAUUGUUGAAGAGAUAAAGAAUCCGGAGAGAAACGUUCCCCUGAGUAUUAUCAUCUCAAUGGUAGUGAUUACAAGCAUCUAUCUGCUAGCCAAUGUGGCCUAUCUUGUUAUCCUAUCACCGGCUCAGAUCCUAGCCUCAAAAGCGGUGGCAGCGGAUUUUAGCGUGAUCGCUUUAGGAACCUGGUCAUGGACUAUCUGGGUUUUCGUUGCUUUGUCGGCCAUCGGCAACCUUAACGCAAUCUUCUUCGGCUUCUCAAGGGUGUAUUACGCUGCUGCUCGAGACGGUCUUUUACCCGAAGUCAUUGGGAUGAUCAACAUUAGACACCGUACACCACUUCCUUCAGUCAUUGUUACGGUUCCCAUAGUGAUGAUAUGUCUGAUGGUUGAUGAUGUUUUCAAACUGAUUCAGUAUCAAUCAUUCGUAAUGGUGGCGUUUCAAGCUAUUACAGUCUGUAUCAUCCCGUAUUCACGCUGGAAAUAUCCAGACCUUCACAGGCCAUUCAAGGUACCUGUGAUAAUUGCUGUAUUAUUUGCCGUGGCUAUGCUCUUCUUAAUGGGUCUCACUCUGUAUACGAGCCCAGUGAGUAGUGGGCUAGGCUUACUACUCACCUUGAUUGGUGUACCAAUCUACUUCGUCUUCGUGCGAUGGAAUAAACCUUUAUGGUUUAGAAAAAUAACAGGCUCCAUCACCAGGCCAUUUCAGAAGCUAUUUUUCGUUAUACCUGAAGAAGCGAAGACACAAUGAGAUCGCUCAAAGAUAGCAUGGUCGACACGAUAGUCAGGGUAUUAUACCGACAUCGCUCUGUUAUGUAAUUGCGCCAUGUUUCGAUGAAGGCGUAUAUAGUUAUAUGGAGUGGUUUUCGGUUCCUGUACCCAUAAUCGUCAUCACGACCGCCCGAGUCACGGAGUUGGUGAUGCAUCAUGGGACAUGGAUGUCGACACAUCGGGACAUUGUGAGCAGCAGGUGGCAUAUAUAGCCAAAAUUUAACCUCAACCAGCUCACUAACGGAGGCGCAACAAAAAAUAUGAACAUUAUUAAAUAGCGCCUUGAAUCGUUCUUCUCAUUGUAAAAGGAAAAUUCAGUAAACGAUUGAACAAAAAAAUUGUCAGAAGAUACAGAUGAAUAUCAUUUCUUUCUGGGUCCGUUUUUUAAUUCUGCCUAAUUAAGUCAUAAGGCAGCAUCAAGAUUCCUUGGGUUUGCGUAACAUACCAUGGCCACAUUCAUGUUUGUGAUUGAAAGAAGACAGUAGUAUUAUCACAGACCUAUACCAGAAAUUACUAUCAUAAGAUUCUCAUACUCGGGUAUAGUGAGCCGGUCUGGCUACAAUCCGCGAGACCGACAAUCACUAUAGACCGACAUGGUCGGUUUAUGAGGGUUUUAGGGUUUACUACGCCGAAGGCUCUCCAGACUUACAGCCUGAGUACUGUGUUAUAAGAUACAAAAAUUUGUAGCGUAUUCCACUUUGUCCUCAUUAUAAAAAAACCGGUUUUGCCGCUUCAUAUCAGAACGACCGCUGCUAUUUAGUGGAACAUGAAGAGAAAUUGAUGCCACCAGUUUAUUUCGGGCUUCUAUCAUAAUUGAUUAUUCAUAUUUAUCAUCAUUAUUCAUGGAAAAAUAAGUUUAGUUCUUCCAGAAUUAUUUAUAAUAUUAUUUUCACGUUAUCGUCUAGCUUGUAAAUUGUAAAUAUGACAUUCGUAACAUUUGUUUUUGUCAAUUUUGAAGUGCAACGUUUUCAUAGUUGUUACAGGGCCUUUUCUUCUUUGAAACUUUAUACAGAUUUAUUUGAAUGAUUAUACACUGUAUUCAUAUUAUAAAUGCAAUGUUAUCAAUG